AUGACCAUCCUCCAUAAGCACCUUCGAGACCUUGGUGGUGAUGCUAAGCUUGAUAACAUCGUCCUGAUUGGCCAUAGCCUCGGUGGCUUGAUAUGUGAGGACUACUGCCGAUCUCGACGUUGUGCCAUGCUAGCCCAGGAUCGCAAUACAGAGCCUGUCCCGAUUGGAGGAGUCGUCUGCAUCUGUUCUCCCUUCGACGGUGCCAAGGUUGUGUCUCUUAUCCCACCAGAGCUCCGUCACGGCGGAAGCUAUCGCGAGGCCGCUAGAGUGAUGCAUGGGCGCCUAGGUACCAGCAGCAAACAGAGAAGAGAGGACUGCAGUAUCUCCCCUUCUCCCGUGCCGAGAUCCCCAACCAGCGUUUUCUCUCCUAAACGAGAGUAUACCAACGCGGCGUUGUUGUUCGUGUGGAUUCGGCAUCUAUUGUGCAUGGCCAUCUGGGGAGAGGACUGGAAGGAGGAACAUCCGCCUAUACCAGGCGAGGACAAAUUGGCUGAGCUCAGCUUACCCCUUACCACAACCGCGAUGUCCGAGAGUGAUAUUAAAAUGCGGACAGAUACGGUUACAGGCUUUACCCCUAACGAUGGUCAUCCGACUGGACUUGCCAUGUCCUUCCAUAGAAUGCACAUGCACGCCGUUUGGGAUGCCUUCUCGGGGACUAGACUGCGCAAGGUUUUGGAUGCAGCAGGCGAAGGAGAUGCUGAGAGUAGUACUCGACAGCCUCUGAAAACUAAAGUCACGGUUUCUACCAGUGGCAAACUGACGGAUGGUAGGCACGGCUGGAGCUACUGA